AUGAGUUGCUUUUCAUGUUUUUCAAGCCAUGAAAAGAAGACAGAAAAGAGGUCAAGGAGGAAUGAUCAUAAUGAUCAACACCAUAAAGCAGAAACGCCUCAUCAACCUCUCAAGGAAUUAGCCAAACAUCAUCAUCAUCAUCAAAAUAAUAAUAAUUAUCAGAACAAGGCAAGGGGAGGCCAACAAACAGAACCUAAAACAUUAAACAAAGACACAGGGAGCAAUAACAUUGCUGCCCAAACGUUCACUUUCCGCGAAUUAGCUGCUACUACAAAGAACUUCAGGCAGGAGUGCCUAAUUGGGGAAGGUGGAUUUGGUAGGGUUUAUAGAGGACGACUUGAAAAGACAAACCAAGAAGUAGCUGUAAAGCAACUUGACAGGAAUGGAUUGCAAGGGAACAGAGAGUUCCUUGUGGAAGUGUUAAUGUUGAGCUUGUUACACCAUGAGAAUCUGGUGAAUCUAAUUGGAUAUUGUGCUGAUGGAGAUCAAAGACUAUUAGUAUACGAGUACAUGCCAUUGGGAUCUCUUGAGGACCAUCUUCUCGAUCUUCUUCCACAACAAAAGCCUCUAGAUUGGUUCAAAAGAAUGAAAAUAGCAUUACACGCCGCAAAAGGGUUAGAAUAUCUUCACGACAAAGCCAAUCCACCAGUGAUCUACCGUGACUUAAAAUCCUCAAAUAUUUUGCUCGAUAGGGAUUUCAAUGCAAAAUUAUCAGAUUUUGGACUCGCAAAGCUUGGACCGACAGGGGACAAGACUCAUGUGUCUUCAAGAGUGAUGGGAACUUAUGGAUACUGCGCUCCCGAGUAUCAAAGAACUGGGCAGCUUACAGUAAAAUCAGAUGUCUAUAGUUUCGGUGUUGUGUUGCUCGAAUUGAUCACCGGAAGGAGAGCCAUUGAUAAUACUAGACCAGCAAGGGAGCAAAAUCUAGUUGCCUGGGCAUAUCCAAUAUUCAAGGAACCAAGCAGAUACCCAGAACUAGCAGAUCCCCUUCUAGAAGGAAACUGCCCAAUGAGAUCAUUACACCAAGCAGUUGCAGUAGCAGCCAUGUGCCUCAAUGAAGAACCAUCAGUGAGGCCAUUAAUCAGUGACGUUGUAACUGCCCUCAGCUUCCUAGGAACAACCCCAGUAGGCCAGGAUGGGAAUAACAAUAAUAGAAUUGCACCCAUUGACAUGCCGUCACCGCCACUGGAGCGAGGAACAGACGUCGUUGGUGCCGCGGCGGGCAGUACGGUCACUUUUAACUUAAUGGAUGAUGAUAGCAUUGCUGAGCGACAAAGAGCUGUGGCUGAUGCCAUUGAAUGGGUUUCCAAUAACACAAGGAAAUAGGAACCAUACUGCUCUA